CAAAACCUGCCCUGGCCAGAGAAACCGACAGGAAAUGAGAUAAAGCAGGUAGAGCAAAAGAAAUGUGGAACAAAGAGAAAGAAGAGUGUUGAUGAGACAGAAGAGGAGGAUGCAGGUCCUUCUUCUGUGUCCAGCUCCAGCCAGAAGAAAUUAUUUCAAAUCAGUUUUUUAGACGAUUCCAGUGAAGACUCUGAUGACCUCAGCGAGACAGAGGAUAUGUCUAAGUUUGAGGCUACAGAGUUACCUGUCAGCUGUGGUUCAGUCACUGGUGUUUUACAUAAACGCAGAUUUAGAGGACCACACAGUAAGAGCAUCCGCACAGAGAAGCGAUGGUUCAGUCCUGAGGAGUUCGUAAAGCAAGGACCUCUGACUGAUGGAGACUGGAUGAAAAAUAUAUUGUGUCACGGCAAAACCCUUGGCUCCCUGAUGAAGUUCCUGGAUUUCCAUCCACUGGAAUGUCGCUGUCAUGUGUGCUGUCCUAAAAACCCAGAUAAAGAUGAUCUGUGCUUCAUUUGUAAUGAUGGAGAAAAGUUGGUGUUCUGUACCAAGUGUCCAAGAGCUUUCCAUCAUCUCUGUCACGUACCAACUGUGCAGGACAAAACAUUUGGGAUCAAUAGGAUGUGUACUUUCUGUGUGUUGAAGGCCAGAAAGGGACAGUGGGCUCACAUGAGCAAGGAACAAGCUUUGGCCAGUCAUUUUACCAGCAACAUCUUGCGCUGUGAGUAUUUGCUGAUGGUCUUAUAUAAAACGGAUACCAAGCAUGAGUUUCAUCACAAUCCCUCAGUAACUGAGGAGAGCGUCAGCAGUGUGAUUUCUAAACCCAGCUGGCUGAACAAAGUAAGGCGCAAGAUGGAGAAAAACAAGUACACAACAGUGAGGGAGUUUGUGAAGGACAUCAAUCUCAUCUUUGAAAACUACGAAGCCUUUCACAAUGACAAUGCUGACUCAAUGGGAGCCAAAAUGAAAAAGAUCUUUGAUGAGGAGUUUGACACCAUCUUUAAAAUCCAGUAGCCUUUUUUCAAUCACAAACUGCAUCUCAUUGGAAAAGAUGCAACAAAAAACAACUACAUUAUGUUGAUUUUUUUGCAUUGACAGAAUUCUCUUGUUAACUUCUUAAGCUGUAACACUGAUAGCAUCUGAUUAUUUAAGUGAACUUAUCUUUUAUUAAUCUUUCUUGUUUAUUGUUGUUUAUUAUUAUUGCCAGUAUGUUAGAACUAAUUAAUGCAUUUGGGUUU